GUUGAGAGGCUAACGGAAGUUUGUGGUAGUAGCUCACUAGCAAACAAUGGAGGGGAGGUUGAAUAAUAUGUGGAGGUUGACUGUGAAUGAGAGUAAAUUCGUGGAAUCUGCGUUGCAAUCUGAGCUCAGAGUCGAUGGUCGUGGCCUUUAUGAUUACCGCAAGCUUACUAUUAAGUUUGGCAAGGAAUCUGGUAGCUCAGAAGUUCAACUGGGUCAGACUCAUGUAAUGGCUUUUGUGACUGCUCAGCUAGUACAACCUUACAAAGACAGACCUAAUGAAGGCUCCUUCUCUAUCUUCACGGAGUUUUCUCCAAUGGCUGAUCCAUCGUUUGAGCCAGGUCAUCCUGGUGAAUCUGCUGUUGAGCUGGGCCGUAUUAUAGACCGUGCUCUAAGAGAAAGCCGUGCAGUAGAUACAGAGUCGCUCUGUGUUCUAGCCGGAAAGCUGGUCUGGUCUGUUCGCAUUGAUCUUCACAUUUUGGACAACGGAGGGAACUUGGUUGAUGCUGCAAAUAUUGCUGCUUUAGCUGCACUCUUGACAUUCAGGAGACCUGAUUGCACUGUAGGAGGGGAGAACAGUCAAGAAGUGAUCAUACAUCCACCCGAAGAAAGGGAACCACUUCCAUUGAUAAUACAUCAUCUCCCAAUAGCCUUCACGUUUGGAUUUUUUAAUAAAGGCAGUAUCUUGGUGAUGGACCCAACUUAUGUUGAAGAAGCUGUUAUGUGUGGGAGAAUGACUGUGACAGUCAAUGCCAAUGGCGAUAUAUGCGCAAUCCAAAAACCGGGAGAAGAAGGUGUGAACCAGAGUGUAAUCCUUCAUUGCCUGCGUCUUGCUUCCUCAAGAGCUGCUGCAACAACUAAGAUAAUUAGAGAAGCAGUUGAAGCAUACAACCGUGAGAGGAGCUCACAGAAGGUGAAACGACAUCAUACUUUGGCUAAGUCUGAAGUUUCGGGACCUAUUGUAGUUGUGUAGGAAGAGACAUAAACAAAAGAAUCCUCGGUUCAGGAAAAAGCUGCAGAAAUAUCUCGAGAACAUGUCAAAAGACUAAGGAGCUGAUUGGCUGUGGUCGACCAUGGUUACUUUAAAAUUUAUGCGGUAAAGAUUUUAGUUGUAGAAAUCUGAUCAGCAACACAAGCUACAAAAACGUCGAUAUGAUCAAAAUAUGUUGAGACUUCUCACACUUGAAUAGAUGACUUGUCUCAAA